AUGCAAGACAUUCUUGAACAGCUAGUCGCAAUGGUGUUGGAAGCUCGCCUAGAACAAGCCUCUCUCCUCAAGCGUGUUGUCGACGCUAUCAAGGAUCUGGUGCAGGAUUGCAACUUUGACUGCAAUGACUCUGGUAUCGCCCUCCAGGCCAUGGAUAACUCCCAUGUAGCCCUGGUUUCCAUGCUCCUCAAGGCCGAAGGCUUCUCCCCAUACCGCUGUGAUCGCAACAUUGCUCUCGGUAUUAACUUGGUCUCCUUGACCAAGGUCCUGCGGGCUGCUCAGAACGAAGAUAUCCUUACUCUCAAGGCCGACGACUCACCGGACGCCGUUAACCUGAUGUUCGAGAGCGCCGAGACCGACAGACUAAGCGAAUAUGAUAUCAAGUUGAUGGACAUUGACCAGGAGCACCUGGCAAUCCCCGAGACUGAGUAUGCCGCUACCGUGGAGAUGCCUUCGGCAGAGUUCCAGCGGAUCUGCAGAGACCUUAACGCGCUUUCCGAGUCUGUUGUCAUUGAGGCCACCAAGGAAGGCGUCAAGUUCUCCUGCCAGGGUGACAUUGGCAGUGGAUCCGUCACCAUCCGUCAACACACCAACGUUGAGAAGCCCGACCAGAACGUUACCAUUGCUCUCUCCGAACCCGUUGCCCUUACUUUCUCCCUCAAGUACCUCGUCAACUUCUGCAAGGCCACCACUCUCUCCAGCACGGUGACCCUCUGCCUGUCCCAGGAGGUUCCCCUUCUUGUUGAGUACGGUCUGGGAAGUGGUCACCUGAGAUUCUACCUCGCUCCCAAGAUUGGUGACGAGGAGUAA